AUGUUCUCCACGGCAACAUCCACCGCCCACCCAUUCCUCCCUUGUCUUGCGUGGGCUCAGUACCUCUUCGGGGGGAAGCCAACAGACGCUCGCAAGGAGUUUUUCGACACGAAACUCAUGCAUGUCCGCGGGGAACACGUAUUGAUCUUUUUCCUACAGCGCCCUCGACGCAACCUCGACACCGGGCCCCAAGAGAUUCAAGACCGGUCCCCUUGGCAGAGUGUCGACCUUGUCGUGGUCAAGGGGCUCAGUACCUCUUCGGAGGGAAGCCAACAGACGCUCACAAGGCGUGUCAGGUUGUGGUUUUGUAAAAGGUGCGUACCUGGGCUUGGGCUGGACUUGCUGCGGCUAGUCGACAUCGACAUCGACAUCGACCUCACGAGCGAGAUCAAGCACGACUUCGACACCGAGCUCCAACGAGCUUCAAGACCGGUCCCCUGGGAUAGCGUCGACCUUGUCGUGGUCCAGGGGCUCAGUACCUCGGAGUCCGAUCCUCUGAGGGAAGCCAACAGACGCUACUAA